AUGGGUUGUGCUUAAAGUAGGUAAAAUGAGAAAAGUAAUAUGAUAUCAUUAGAAAUAAAGUACUUAUUACCAGAAUUGGUUUAAGCAAUAAAAUUAGAUUAAUAAUGUGUUUAUUCAAAUGAAUCGCCAAUAAAAGUAUAAACUAUUUAAUAUUUUAGUUAACUCCUAUAAAGGAGAUAGGUGGAAUAUUUUGUAAAUUGGAGAGUGUUUUACCAUCUGGAUCAGUUAAAAUGAGAGCAAUGUAUCACAUAUUAUUUAGGUUGCAAUAAAAAAAAGGCAUAAAGGAUUAGAAUAAUUAAAUUUGGUAAUUUGUUCAUCUGGUAAUGCUGCUACUGCUUGCAUAAAAUGUUUAAAGAUUCUUAAAUAUGAAAAGAAAUAAGAAUAAUAAAUUGAUUAAAAAAUUAGUGAAUUAGUUUAAGAUGAUACUCUUACUGAUCCAGGAUAAUCAUGUAUUAUUAAAGAUUGAUAACUAUAAUCUAAAAUAAAACCAUAUGAAUUAUUCGGAUAACUUAUUAUAUUUUAUAAACAAUUAAAUGAUAUUCAUGAUUUAAAUGAUUUACCAAAUGUAAAAAUUAUACAUUCUCAAUUAAAUAAAUAAGAUAUUGAAGUUGAAGCAUUUAAAUAUGCUGAAGAUAAUGGUUAUGAUUAUUUAGAUAUAUAUAAUGAUGUUGAUGUUUUUGGAGGUUAUGCAACAAUUGGAUUUGAAAUUGAUUAAUGGUAAGUUCUAACCUAAACUAAACUUGAUUAUUUAUUCGUUACAAUUAAGAGUGGAGUCUUAAUUGCUGCAAUUGCAUUUUAUCUAAAAUACAUAGUUAAAAAUCAAAUUAAAAUUAUUGGAGCAAUGUUAUAUGGUGCAACUAAAAGAGAAGAAACAAUAUGUUCUCAAAUUUUAUAAGGAUUUAUUGAUGGAAUUAUUUUUUGUCUCCACUAGUAGAAAAAUCAUAAUGUGAAUUAGUAAAAGCAGAUGAAAUUGCAGAAUUCAAUUCAGCCAUAGCUUAUGCUGGCUGUAACAAAACUUAGGAUAAAAAUAGUCUUGUCAUUCUCUCAGGAAGCAAUGUAACUGUUAGUGAUUUAUCUAAACUCAUAUCUAAAUAUCAAUAAUGA